AUGGCUCUAUCUUGCGGUGCGACGUGGAUGGCGGUGCUUCUGCGUGCGUUGUGCGGCGGGCUUCUCUUCUCCAUGUCUUUCCCCUUUUGUGUGUGGGAAAGUUGUGGGAAAGGAUAUGUGCGGGAGAGUGAGCGUGGGUGGCUGCCAGCCUUGCCCUGCGCAUUGGGGACUUCCAUAGACGUAGAUUUGCUUGACGGCGUUUCGCGGCUUCCAGGGCGUAGAGAGGAGGAGGAUGGAGAGGGUCUGUUGUGGGCAGAAGGAGGAUGGACAGGACAGUCCCCUUCCGUGUCCUUCUCGGUGUCGUUGGCAGUAAAUACUGAGAGCAUAAAUUUGAGCGAGUGCGGGAUGAAAGGUUUAUGCCGCUUUGUGUGUGCUACUCAAUCGUCGUCAUUGCAGGCUGUCGUUACGCUGCGUUGUGGUGCGGUGCCGUUUGAUGAGGGAGGGGCGCGAUGCCACGGCUGCUGCGCACCACAACCAUUUAUUGCGUCUGCAUCGGCAUUGUUGUUUUUCAGUUUGUGUGAAUUUUUUCUGCGCUCGCAUAAUAUUUUAUUUUGCUCCACGAUGAAUUUGUUGGAGGAGCUUUGGUUUUGGUGCCUGCUUCACGGCGCUUCGCCUUGUGUGUCGGUUGCGGUGCUUCCACGUGGUGCCAAGGCUUUUGAUGGGGUGUUUAUUCUUCUUUUUGCGCCCUGCAGCUAA